CUUCAAUGACACUAUCGAUUAGAAAUAAAUUCACGAUCAUAUGAAAUGCGUUUACCAACACUGUGCGCAUUAAGUGAUAAUUUGUUUUGACGCAACGAUGGAGGAUGAAACUGAGCUUGAUGCAACUCAUAUGCUUCAACUGGAUGAGCAAAAUACCUCUGUAAAUCCCAAUGGAAAGGAUGAUAAUGUUGGAAAUCGAUUGACUCCAUUUGCAAUUCCAUUCUUCGACAACGAUCAUUUGUUCAAAACCAUGUGUCAGCAUGUGGCAGCCGGAGACAAAAGCGUCGAUUGGCGUUAUGUUAUGCAAUAUAGCGGCAAGAAUCUGACCCACAUCUAUGACGGCGGCUAUUGCAUGAGCCGUGAGUGCUGGUCACUAGCUCAAGAGUUCUGUCCCGAGUUGAGGACGAUCAACAUAUCGCUGACUAGUGACAAUCUGCAAGUUGUGCAAAGUUUUCUGCCCCAAUGGCAAAGUCUCGAGGAGAUUGCACUCAGUGGUCCGGCAUCGAUCGAAGAGCUGUUAAUGUCGCUCAGCGAAUUGCCACGCUUGCAGAAACUAAGUCUACGAAACUUUGACUACACGGACAGGGAGUGCACAGCUUUGAAUUGCUUGACAUCUGUGACGCAUCUGGAGAUCGGAUGUUUAAAUUACGAAUUAUUGAAUAAGAUAUCAGAACUACUGAUGCAUCUAACGAGCUUGCAUAUAUUUACCAUGCCGACUAUGGAAACACUUCGCGCAUUGCCAGCACAUUGUGGAAAUUUAGAGAACUUACAACUGUACGAUGCCGUUAAUGGAUUACAGAGAAGCGUGCCCUAUUUCCCCAAUCUAAAGUCCUUGGAAAUUCAUGAUCAAAAGUCAAGUACACUUAUUUUCAUCAAUCACUUGGAUCUACGCUAUAAUGACCAAUUAAAAAAGCUGGUAAUGCCCGGAAAGUACAUCUUUGCGAAUGAAGCAAAUCGCAUUUCACACUUAAAGGCUCUAACCACACUUUCCUGUGAACUUUCCGAUAUGAAUUGUUUGAGGCAUUUAACUAAUAUGCAACUGCAAGAAUUAUCGCUUUAUUCUUGCAUUAAUAUGAACAAUGUUUAUUUGUUGAAAAUAUUGCGUGAGUGCCCAACACUUCGAUUCUUAGAAGUUACACUCUGUCCUUUGAUUAAUUCUCGAUGUAUUGAUAAGGCAUUGGCUAUUCUAUUCCGAAAUGGAGUAACUGCGGAGCAACCAUUUGAACUACACCUAACUGGGUCAAGCAUAUCUGCAGUUGACAGCAGUAAGCUCUACUGCGUGCCACAUUUCAACUUGCUCAAGCUGCACUUGAAGUAAAAAGUGACAAGAAAUGAAAUUAUGAUAUCUAAUUAUAUUUAAGGAAUAAAAGUUGCUCGAUUACAUUGCUCAAUUAGCGAAAUGUUUGAAGUG